AUGGCCUUCGCCAGCUCGCUCCUGCCCGCGCCGGCCUCCGGCGUCCGCGCGAGCCACGCCCCGGAGCUCGCCUUCCCGCCGGUCAACAGGAAGGGCGGCGUCUCGCUGCGGCGCCGGGGAGCCCGGCACGGAGGCCGUGGCUUCGUGCUGUCACUAUUCAGGGCUGAAGUGAAUGAAUCUGCAAGUGCUUUAGCGAUUGAUGCUCUCUCCCAAGUUAAGCAUGUUCUACUUCCGAUCACUGACCGCAACCCUUACCUUUCAGAAGGCACAAGACAGGCUGCAGCAACAACCACUUCUCUAGCCAAGAAGUAUGGAGCAAACAUUACAGUAGUUGUUAUUGAUGAUAAGCCAAAGGAGUCAUUCCCAGAGCAUGAUACUCAAAUGUCAAGCAUUAGAUGGCAUCUUUCUGAAGGUGGAUUUACAGAGUUUGGGUUGAUGGAGCGCCUUGGAGAAGGAAAGAAGCCAACAGCUAUCAUCGCAGAGGUCGCAGAUGAUUUGGAGUUAGACCUGGUCGUCCUUAGCAUGGAGGCAAUCCACUCAAAGCAAGUCGAUGGGAAUUUACUGGCUGAGUUCAUCCCCUGCCCCAUUCUGAUGCUUCCCCUCUAA